AUGGUGAAAACAGAAGACAAUGAAUCAGUUAAAAGUGAGAUCACAGUAAAAUUUAUAGGUAAACAAAUUAAUAGGAGGACAGUUGAAGAAAAUCACAGAGAAAUAGUAAAGAAAACUUUAAGUUACAAUUUACCAAAGGGCUUGACAGAAUACCUCCAUCCUUAUGAAGAUGUUAACUAUUGGGAAACUCCAACUGAUGAUAAAUCGAUGGACUACUACCACAAAAAUGAUUAUAUGUGGAGCGAUGAUGAAACCAUCAAUAGCUUUACUAAAAGUAGUAUCAACCUUAUUGAUGAUACUCCAAUAGAAUUAUGGGAAAAUGACAGCAUUAGUGAAAACUUAUUACUGGACUUCACUGAUAAAAAUGGGGAAACACAAUACCAUUUCUAA